AUGGGAUCGCUCGUCAUGGGGCGCUGCAGGCGUGUUGCAGAGGAGACGUUCGAGUUCCGGGAGGAGUACGCCCUACUUGACGCCCCCAUCACCAAUGCCGAACACAUCCCUCUGCGCCUGAGCCCUCAGGAACGCAAGAUACAGCGCCUCAUGCGAGGCGUCAUUCUUGCCUCCUCCUACACGGACAAGGUCGACUCCGCUUCUGCCUUGAAGCUCAAGAAUCGGGAGCUGCUCAUCGUGAAGGAGCUCACGAACGCACUGACGGGACUCAUUGUAGGUCUCGACAUGCGCAAGGCUGCAUCCUUCAUGCGCGACCACGAGUUCACGCCGUAUCAGCACGAGAUCCGUGCCGCGAUUGAGAUGUGCCGGCGCUACAAGAUGAUGAACCCGGAUUUACUACGCACCGACUACGUCAAGUUCCUUUACAUGAUUCAAGACGCGGUGCAGAGUGACAUGGCUCGCGAGGCGCUCGGCUUCAAUGUCGUGAAGGAGCUGGUGACGGUGGGUCGAUACUGCGAGAUACACAAUAUGCAGGACAUCUUGCAGGACGCACGGCUGCCUCACUGCAUCACGCCGGUUCCCGUCAUGAAGGACCGCAGCAUGCUGAACCGGUGCUUGCGUGGCAAGGACGCCGUUGUGGGGAAGCUCGUGAGGCAGUACGCCAACGAGCACCGCAUGCAUGAGGACAAUGUGGAAGUAGUGGUCCGAAGUCUCAACGAUGCAAACUGCUUUUCCAAUGACAAUGUUGAGACAUCCGAGCGACUGCUCGAAUUGUUGAAGCAGUACUUCACGCCGACCUCGUGUACUGAGCUGACGAGCUUGGCGAUCAACGAGGGCGCCGACGGCAGCCGACUGACACACAAUCACAAGAUGCAGUACAUCUUUGUUCUGCAGAGUCUCUCGCUGUGGAAGAACAUGUGCCGAAAGAUGUACCUGCUGUGGUCUCUCGCGGAGGAGGACAUGCUGAAUCCAAACGAGAAGUACAAGCUGCGCAUGACGGGGCAGGGGCUGCAGCGGGUGCAGAAGGCGCCACAACUUUUCAAGGCGGUUCAGCAGGUGCUGCAGGAGACCAAGGAGGAGCUAGGUGAGUGGGUCGGGUCGGAGCGGAUCCACCUCGGUGACGAUCAGGUGCCAAACGCGUUCCAUUUCAUCGACAAGUACGGCCAAGUGUCCCGCAUCAUCAUUCCCAUUCUCCGCACCUUAGGCCAUAUCGACCACCUCGAGCGACACGCUGACCACGCGGCCUACCUGCGCGAGGUCUGGGGUGGUGGUGAGCAGGCAAAGCGUGCCAUAUUGCGCGACUUCUUCCGGCAUGGCUUCGACGGCAGCGGCGGAGACAACAUGGACGACGCGGGCAGCUGCAUCGAUGGCCGACUCACCAGUGCGUGGAACUGGUGCAACAACAUCCGCUUCAAGGAGUUUUAUCCACUCUUCCUCUUCUCUGGCUUUAGCUCUUUUGACGGUGAUAUGAGUUUGUAG